AUGACUUUCACUCUCUCGUGGCGCCAAGCCGCCUUGGCAGCGUUGCUGUUCAACGCCGCCGUAACGGCCAACUACGAUACCCGACGAAAUAAUGAAGCCUCGGAAGAUACAAAGCGGGCUUUGAAUGUUGCCUCCGUAAAGGCUCGAGGCCUGAAUGUCAGAAACUUUGUACAGAAGUUGGACGUCGAUAGUGUAUUGUCUGCUCUUGGCAGUAAUAAUAAGGCACAGGGCGAUGGGACUCCGGAUGUAGCUCCUCUUGCUGCUGAUGGGGCUGUUCCUGCUGUCCCUCAAGCCCAACCGGCAGCACCACCGGCACCGGCUGCGGGAGAGGCACCUCCUCCUCCUCCCCCGGCAAAUGGAGCAGCACCUCCUCCUCCUCCUGUGAACGGUGCACCUCCGCCGCCUCCAGAUCCAAACGCUGCUCCUCCCCCUCCUCCGCCUAACGGUGCUCCUCCACCACCGCCUGACCCAAACGCGGCUCCUCCGCCUCCGCCUCCCGCGAAUGGCGCUCCUCCACCUCCUCCUCCGGCUAACGGUGCUCCCCCGCCACCACCACCUAACGGAGCACCGCCGCCGCCGCCUCCCGAUCCAAAUGCUGCUCCUCCAGACCCGAACGCGCCUCCUCCACCACCUCCUGAUGAAGCGCCGCCGCCGCCUGAUCCAAACGCAGAGCCACCACCACCUCCUCCAGAGGGAGGGCCGGCUCCUGACCCGAAUGCCCCUCCCCCGCCACCCCCUGAUGGAGGUCCAGCUCCCGAUCCCAAUGCUCCUCCACCACCACCUCCAGACGGCGAGGCACCUCCCCCUCCUCCUGAUGAUGGGCCUCCACCACCACCCCCCGAUGGCGGACCGGCUCCCGACCCCAACACUCCUCCACCGCCGCCUGAUGCCGAGGGGGCACCACCACCGCCGCCGGAGGCUGCUCCCGCUGUAGCUGGUGAGCCUCUUGCGCCAUUGGCCGUAGGGGCUCCUCCUCAACCUGCUGCAGCUCAACCUCCUCCUCCUCCCGCUCUCGCAGGAAAUGGAACUGACCCUGCCGGCAAGAAAGGAAAGAAGGGCAAGGGUAAGGAUGACGCCGGCAAGAAAGCAAGGGACGACGCAAAGAAGGCAAGAGAUGAAGCCAAGAAGAAGGCUGAGGGACAACUAGCAGGUGCUGCUGGCCCCGGCCAGGCCGCCGCCAACGGAACAGCACCUGCGCCUCCGGGCAAGAAGGGAAAGAAAGGCAAGGACGCCAAGGGCAAAGACGCAAAGAAGCUGAAGGAUGGAAAGGGCAAGGGGGCGAUUCCCGGCGCCGCAGGUAACGGCACCGAAGCCGUUGGACCAGAUGGAAAAGCCAAGAAGGCCAAGAAGGACAAGAAGGCUAAGGGCAAAGCCGCACUUCUUCCAGGAGCGGCCGUGAACGGCACGGCGCCAGCAGGUCCAGAUGGCAAAGCCAAGGGCAAAGGCAAAGACGAUGACCCCGAGGCGAAGAAGAAGGCCAAGGACAACGGUCCUGAGGGCGCCGCUGGGCCUGCUGAGGAAGCUGCAGGUGGACCUGAAGGCAAAGGCAAAGGAAAAGGUGACGACCCCGAGGCUAAGAAGGCAAAGGAAGCGGCUGCUGGGGGAGAGGGAGCAGCAGCCGCAGGGAAAUCGGCGGGAGCGGCAUUUGAAAGACGUCGACGAGCGAGCUUCGUGAAGCGGCGAAACCUCAUGUCCAAUUUCGGCUGGUGA